GCCAGAAAAGGGAUAAAAUAGAGUGUAUCUGGUGGUGGUGGUAUUAUGAGCUGGAGAGAAAGGGAACAUAAACUAGUAGUCUCUAAAGCUGCAGGGUAUUCUUAGGGCAGAUCUUUCCUCAACCUUACGCUAACUUUGGCAUCAGCAUCUACCUGUUUCGUAACAACUCAGAGGUGUCUUCUUUGAUAGUUUUCACGUCAAAUUCUAAUAGUAGAGAACUCCUUGAGUAACAAGAUGAAGCCUUCAUCGGUCUUUUUGCUCGUCCUCGCUCUCGUCCUCCUCGUCGCCUACGCCGAUGCUUCGGGGAAGAAAGGGAAACAUGGCAAACCCGGAGGUAGAGGGGGACUAGGAGGAAGAUCACGAGAUCACCACGAUCACCACCACGAUCACCACCACGGACAUGAUCACGACCACGACCACGGACAUGAUCACCAUCAGAACGAUCACGGUCAUGGGCAUGAUAACCCCCAUAGCACAGGGUCCCAAGGACAUCAAAGUGAGCACGGUCAGUACGAUCGUCAUCGUCGUGACGUCAUCAACGGGUCGGAGCAAAAUGAUACAAUGACAACCCUAGAACCAGGAAGAUGUACUAAACUUGUCAGUGUUACAGUCACAUUCGCCCAGUCUUUUCAGAAGUCAAGAAAAGUGCCGAAAAUCAUCAAAUGUGGAUGGCUUCAUCUUGCAAAGUGCAAAGUCUACAGACUAGAAUAUGAGACUGCAUACCGUCAGGCCACUCGAGUCCAGUAUGCCAUCGUGAGGAAAUGUUGCCCAGGCUUCAUGGAGAUCAAUGGUGUUUGUGAACCAAUAGGUGGAAGAACAACCCCUCCGCCCACGACGCCGCCCACAACUCCCGCUCUAACCACAACGAUGAUGAUGACGACCACCGAUGUACCAGACGACUACUGGAUGAUGAUUGAUAACAAGAUUCAGAAGAUCGUCUCCGCCGUCAUCAUCAUAAUCCUCAUCCUCUUCACUGGGUGUUGUAUCGGGGGCUGUCUGCUCUACAUCUGCAAAUGUUGCAAAAAAGGCAGCUACGUGUAGUCUCCAGUUCAGCCUCCACUCAUUGCUCCAAGCCUUCAUGAUAUUUGGACAUCAGUCUCAUGUACCGAUAACUUCAUUGAGCGUUCUCUGCUGACUUUAUGUUCUUUAAACUUUUUUUUUGAAUGAAAUGAAAAACGAGCCUUUCCUGUUAAACAAAUAUUUCUUUGAAGAGACUUUAAUAACGUUUGAUAUCUGGAAUGUAAUUAUAAGUAUACAAAUAUAUUUUUGUUUGGUACUAUUCUUAGUAUGAAAUAUCUUUGGUUUCAUAAAGAUUUUUCAAUCACAUCUUUAGGAAACCAAACAUAUUUCAUAAUUUUCACGUGGUAAAUUUCAAAUAGAUUGUGGAUUGCAAGUUUGAAAUGUUAUAAGAGUAUAUUUUUUGUUUGUAAUACCGCAAAACGAUAGUCCGAUCUUGAUACUAUGAAGUAACUGUUUCAUGAAGUUGAUGUUAUCAUUUCAUAUCAUCUUUAAAAGGAAUUAUUUGCCCUUUCAUUCGGAUAAAUUGGUAAUAUUAAACGUUAUCUCUCUUUAUAGAUAUAUCUACACUGUAUCUAUCAGUCUAUCUUUCUGUCUGUCCAUCUAUCUCUCUGUCUAUCUGUCUGUCUGUCUUUCUGUGUAUGUUACUCUUUCAUUCAUUCUCCUUGUGUCCGAAUACGAUUUUUUUUCUCCAUUAUCCACCGAGUACUUAUCUUUGUGUUUAACUUGCAUAAUAAUUGGUGAAAUCGCAGUCAGGCCGGUCUUCGAUUGCAAUGUAUAUAAUGUAGAUACAUUCUUUAUAUUGAUAUUUUUUUUCUAAGAUUAUAUGUACAUGCACUUUAAGUUGUAUGGAAUAAUGACACUAAUCCUCAAAAAAGAUGAUAUAAUGCAAAUUUCAAAGAGACUACAUCGUCAUGAAACCUAUGUUAAAAUUAAUUUCUUUGUGGAUCCUGCCUUGUCUUAUUUUCGAUCGAGUAAUAAUUAGAGUCGAAGAGAGUAUGAUCAUAUGUUUUGUUCAACGCAAAUGUUAACAUUGAAAUAAAAUUAUACAAUAAAGUGUACAUAUUUGUGACUAAGA